UUUCACGUUAUCGUUCAUCCACUCAUCAACCUGUGCAUCCAGGCAGUCAGCGGUGCGUGACAUCAUCUAUUCUCAUCACCAAGAUUUUAUUUGCUAGAGCACAUCUGAGGAUUUCAUAGACCAUCCCUGCAGACCAAGUAUUCACCUUUACAGUUGAAUCACCGAGAAAAGACACAUUUAAAGGAGCUGAUCUAAUGUUAGCUAGCCAAAGUGUUUCCCUCGCACUCUGUACUUCACGACGCAUGACGGAAGAGAUUCGCCCCGCAAGCUCCCCGCACGGAAGCGGGUCGUUGGUGGAUGGCUCAGGCGAUUCGCCACCAGCGAUGUUGAGUUCGCCAGCUGAUGAGGAAAACGGUGAGCUCCUCCAGUCUUCCAGCUUCGGUGGAGAAGGAUCCAGCAAACACAGUACCCUGAGUAACAAGGACAAUGUGUCCACCCAUCAUGUUCAACUAGGCCGGCCUCAGGCACAUCCCUACCCCCACCCAGGCUCCCCACUCUCAGACGAGGAAAGCCCCUUGUUGGAGGCAAAGCGCUCUACCACCUCUAGUCGAGCAGGCAGUCGUGCUGGUAGCUCAUCGGCUAAAGGCACCUUGGCUUCUCAGAAGGGAAGAGUACACAGGCGCUCCCUGUCCAUGAUUGUGCAGCCAGGCAGUGUCAGAAGGCAUCUCAAUAUUGUAGAGAAUGAGUAUGAUGUAGAGACAGCAAUGAGUGUUCCAGCCACCCCAGUUCCUCAGAACCCUCCACCACCUCCGAUAGACUUCAACCUGUAUGCCACCAAGAAGACUAUAGCCGAGGGCUUCCUGGUGGUUGCCCUUCUGGCGGCCAACGCUGCUCAACUCAAGACCAUCAUCACAGCGGGCAAAGAGAAUCAAUUCCAUGGCUUUGUGACUGCCCUGGUCAUCCUCUCCAUCGUACUCCUCAUCAUCGUCAUCGUCUUCCUGCUCCUACUGGGCCGCGACAACCUCAACGAUGUCUACAAACAACGCAAGUUGGACUGGAUCAACAACUUUGCGACAGCGCUUGUGUUCUGCAUCGUAUUCAUGAACAUCUUUGUAUGUGCGUUUGGUAUAGAGCACACACCGCCGUCAUAGUGCUGGCUGUACGUGCCCUUGUUCUUGUACAGAGUGGGUCAUUUAGCAUUUUUCUAGUAUUUAAAAAAAAGAUAGACAUUGUAUUUUUAUGAAGAAUAAUAAGAUUGCAUUCAAUUUUGCAAUAGAAAAAUCUGCCCUUGAUAAUCAUCAUUAUUCAGUGGGCAAUGAAAGCAUUAAGAAUUUGUUGUACAUUGUAAAUGUCAACAAAAAAACAGAAAACCACUGAGUGUUUUUGUAUGUAAAUGAGUUCUGAACACUAUUAUAAAAUGUCAAUUCAAUUUGUUUACACUUUUUCAAUUUUAGAAGGAGUUACAUAGCAUACUGCAUGUAUUCAAAACACUGUCAUUGAGAUUAUGUACACUACAUCAACUUACACUUGGCUCUUGUUCACAGGCAAAGCAAGCUUCCUUAUAAUAUUCUGCAUGCAUUCAUUAAUAAUGCAUAGCAUACAAAAUGGUUUCCCCGAAGGCUCGAGUCUGGAGCUCGUCUAUCGUGCCCUAGAUGAAAUAAGAUAAAAGGUGAUGUGGAGAAGGAGAAAGCAUACUGCAGAGAAGCUGACUUUGCAGGUCCGCUGAUGUAUCAAGGUUUUGUUGUGCAUUAAUUCUUGCCUUUUAGGAAAAACAGAGUGAAAGUCACUUCAUCCCUAAGCCAUUUGGAGCCGCGAUUAUUUCCAUUUGGGAUGGACGGUGAAACUGCACUGCUGGGUUCCGCAGUUAUCUUGUGUUUGAUCAAACUGAAUGGAAAUGCACAAUGUUAUCAUUGUACCGUAAGGGAUAUCAAAAAGAUUUUGCAGCCCUACAAAAAUAUGUUUCUUUAACGUAAAGAGAAGAAGGGCAUGAAAAUUGCUAAAGUGCAUAGAUGUUGGUUUGUUGCUAAGCAAAUACAGGGGACUGAAUUAGGCUGAAGAAGAGCAAAAGAACUUGCCUAUGAAAAAACUUGCCUAGAUCUUGCCUAAAAUGGCAAUAUUGUUCUUAGAUUUUGUAUACAAAUUUUUUUCUGACAAGAGACAAACCGAAUUGAUACUCUUAAACUCUUCCCUCAUAUUUAUGGAAAUAUAGCCGGAAUUCAGAGUUAUAUUAAGUUAUCUCUUUGAUAUAUAUUGCUAUUGGUGUACCCAUGUGAAAAGAAAAGAAAGAGAGGUUUGUGAUUGCUUCCUGUGGCUUCAUGAACUCUAAUAACCUUUGAAGAACAUUCAUGAUAUAUUUGAAAGUCUAACCGAAGGGACAAGUAUCAAAUGUCACUUGCCAGCUAGUUAUUUGUGCUCACUACAUGCUCAAUUACAUUUCAUUCCCAGUUCUACUUCCAUACACAUUGACUCUAUGCCACGUUUGUGUCUACAUUAUAUGUGACUGAUAUAUAUGAAAACCAUGCAUUUUGCACUGGCUAGCUAGGGAACAGAAUAACAGUAACACUAAAUGCUGCAUAUUCAUUUGUGGCCUUGUUUAAGGAUCUGGAAGCCCCUAGGAUAAGGCAUGAAUAUGUAUGAAGCAAACAACCAUGAGUAUGAUUGUCUGACCAUCAAAUCUCUGUUGAGUCAUUUAGUAAUACAAAUGAUGGACUUGUUUUCAGUGUUUCUUCUCAAAUGAGGCACA